AUGUCCAGCAAAAGUAUGGUGGGUGUUAACAUCAUCCGGCAUGAAGAAUUGGAAGAGCUCGAGAUAAGCAGUGAAUCAAUUGGGAAUGGUGUUUAUGGCAAUUGUUUCCUCAAACGAUUCAACAGAUUACAAAUAACAGUUGUUGAAAAGCAACUGAUUGAUAGCACUGUUGACAUGUUAUACAAAGAAGCAAUGUUUAUGCAGAAAUUUUCCCACAGAUGUAUCCCAUUGCUUCUAGGGGUCCAACUGGAGAAGAAACCAAUCUCCCUGAUAAUUCAAUUUAUUGGGGAGAACAGUAAGUCCAUUACAAUCUUCAAAUUGUUGUUUGAUCCACUCUAUCAACAACAAGCUUCAAAAAUGUCAACAAAAACAUGGCUCUGCAUAUGUUAUGACAUUGCUGAUGCACUUGACCACAUGCACCAGAGGGGAUAUCUUCACUGUGACCUAAAGUCCAAUAAUGUGUUGGUUGCUGAAAAUAAGGGAUAUCUUAUUGACUUCGGGAAAGUUUGUGAGAUCUCUCGACCAAAGGCGAAGAAAUAUAGGGAGGUUUAUAGACAUAUUGCGCCAGAGGUUUUGAAAGGCUCUCCUGUUGCACCAGCCAGUGAUACGUAUUCCCUUGGGAGAAUUCUUAAAGAAAUUGGCAAGACAAUAAACAGUUCAAUCCUGUUGCAAUUAGCCAAAGCAGCAACAAAUCCAAACCCCACACAAAGGCCCACUCUUAUGAAAAUCCUGAACAUGUUGAAUGCUGAGAAUAUCCACAGCUGA